GUGAAAGGCGGUGGGGAAGUUGAUCUGGUGGUACCGCGCAUCUUCCUGUCGACUCCAACCGGUGAUAAUCCAGCUAAUAUCAGCUGGAUAAGAUAAAGGAUCAGCAGUCAGGCUGUAGUCCUCCAGAAGGCCGGUUCGGCGCGGUUCAAUAUUAUUCCCUCCUUCGAAAAUCCUGCACAAACGGAGAUUUUAAGCGGAAAAAACGCUAAUAAUAAACAUGAACGCGACUGAGCAUUCCCCGCUGGCUGAGUACGAUUUCGAGCGGCGCUUCGACGAAAGAAGAGCCCUGGAAUGGAUGCAGGAAAACUGGAGCAAGGCCUUCAUGUUCUGUGGCCUGUACGCCGCACUCGUAUUUGGCGGUCAGCACUUCAUGAGGGAGAGGCCGAAGCUGAACCUGCGACGGCCGUUAGUGCUGUGGUCUCUCAGCCUGGCCAUCUUCAGCAUCAUAGGAGCGGUGAGGACAGGACUGUACAUGGUGCACGUCCUCACAACCAACGGCUUCAGACAGUCUGUGUGUGACAUCAGCUUCUACAGCGCCCCCGUCAGCAAAUUCUGGGCCUACGCCUUUGUUCUUAGCAAGGCACCAGAGCUGGGAGACACGAUGUUCAUCAUCCUGCGGAAGCAGCGCCUCAUCUUCCUGCACUGGUACCACCACAUCACCGUGCUGCUCUACUCCUGGUACUCCUACAAGGACCAGGUGGCGGGCGGCGGCUGGUUCAUGACCAUGAACUUCGUGGUCCACUCCUUCAUGUACACGUACUACGCUGCCCGGGCCGCCGGAUGGAGGGUGCCCCGCCCCUGCGCCAUGAUCAUCACCACCACCCAGAUCCUGCAGAUGGUGAUGGGCCUCACCGUGCUGGGCCUGGUGUACAACUGGAAGCACGAGGUGCGCUGUCCCUCCAACAUGGACAACAUCACCUGGGGCUUCCUCAUGUACCUCAGCUACUUGGUCCUCUUCGCCUUUUUCUUCUACGACACCUACCUCAGAGGCUCCUCCGGGCACAAGGGAUCCAAGGCGGAGUAGCAGGUCUGUGCGGAGCGUGCCAUGCGCAGAAAUGACCCUCAGCGAGGGGCCAUGAAUGUGUGAGUCACAACUAGUUUCCUGGUUGCUCGGUCCUUCUCUUUUUAUGACGUUUUCACUUGACUUUUUAUAGGCACUGCUUGUAACAUCCAUGGAUUUAGAGCGGUAGGAAAGAGGAGACCAGUUCAGACUGAGCACAGCUUUUACAUUAUCGAAAUUAAUUUAAAGGGGGUGAAGGAAUAACAUGUUGUCUUUGACUAACAUAGUUUUUACGUCAUUAGUUAUUGCCUCUGAUGGUUAGACUCUUGACCCUUAUCAAAACAGAACAGCCAUACAGUAUGAGGGCCAAAUAUUUGUAUGUUGUAAUGAAAAAGUGAUCAUACUUGAUGUAUAUGUAAAAACUCCGAAGUGGAAAUUGUUAAAGGGAAAGCUCAACAUUUUGGGAAAUACAGGUAUAUGCUUGAUUUCUGAGAGUGAGAUAGCUUAGCUGUUUCCCCCUGCCUAGCGUCCUUAUGCUAAGUUAACUGCCUCAGACAGAAAGCAAAUAAACGUUAUAACCCAAAAUGUUUAACAAUUUAAAAUUGUGUCUGUUUUAGCCCUAGCAAAACUGUGACCUAAAAGAUAGUGAGUUUAGGAUUAUCAAAAGGGAACAAAGACUUCACAAUGCACUGCAUGAAAGAAGGGUGUUUUUCUCUUACUUAUUUUUAGCACUCACCACACAUGCAUUACACACAGCAUUUUAACCCUUGUGCCUCUCUAGGGACAUUUUUAGCUUUUACUUUUAAUUAAUUUAGGCUAUUUUAAUGCGUAUGGCAUAAAUGUUCUGUGUUUUUUUUAAAUAAUAUUUUGAAGCUCACAACACAACUUAUAAGAAGUAUCACAGGUAAAUAAUAGAGACCCUUAAGGUAAAAAGAUAUCCCCUAAUAGGCGCGUUCACACCGGAAAACGUAUUAAAGCCCCAAUGUUUAACUAUUUCCCCCCAGAUUGAACCAUUAUCUAAUUUUAACUACUUAUGGCAAAUUCUUGCUUUUUGUCUGAUGACCUCCAAAGGCAUUGCGGCCGUUUUAUGUCAUUAUACUAAGUAAAUGUUGUUACUAAUAAUUGGUAACUGCACUGUGAUGGAGAGGAGUCAGAGCCAACAGCAGUGCCUUGAUCAAGAGCACCUUGGCAGUGCCGGUGAACUAGCACCUCUCCAGCUACAUAUUAUACGUAUAUUUUGGUCAGAUGGAGACUUGAAACGUCGACCAUUCAGUUCCCGAGCCAAGUCCCUACAGACUGAGCUACUGCCACCCAUACACAAGAAAUAAAAGGCAUAACAAGGGCGUUAUCGAAACAAACGUUUGGCACUUAAAGGUUUAAAAUUCAGAAAAUUAAUCAAUAUUUAGUAGUCACAUUCAGCGCUGGUGUUGGUCAAAUGUAACUCAGUGGAAUAUAUAUAUAUUUAAAUGUAUGGCCAUUUUGUGUAGGUCUGAGAAACAUUGAGUUGAGUUCAAAAUCUCGCCUCUCUACUGCCCAUAAACCAUUGAGCAUC